AUGAGGUAUUCACGACUACCUUCAGGAACCCUACCAACAGGAUUUUCUCACAGACCGAUCGAAGCUAUUCUUCUAGCUCCUCUGAUCUCAUUCACGCCACUCUCUUCCCCGGCAACGGUAUUAGUCCAGAGAUCGCAACCUCUGUCAAAUAGGUUCAAUUCCACCUUCUUUAUACUCAAUAUAUUGCUAAAACCUGAAGCUUUUUUAAUGACGAAGAUGAAGGGUGUGGAUUUAAGAGGAUCACGAUUGAGUUUGAUUGGCUCAUCAGAUGCCGAGGGGAGUGGUGAUGAUGAUGAAGGGAAGGGGAAUAGGAAGAAGAAGAUGAUGAGUAGUGCUGCAUUGGGAAAAUAUGAUAUAAAGAAGACAAAAAGGAUACCAUUGAAAUUCUUGGAAGAGGAGGAUGAUUUGUCUCUACAUGUACAGGCUAUUAGGAAUGAGUUCAAUAAGAGGCGUAUGGCUGAAAAAGGCAUUGGAGUGGGUGAUGAUGACUCCAUCCUUAGUCCAAAGAGGUUUGCAUUUUGGUUUUCUUGGUGUAAUGGAACUGCUAAAUCUGAUAAUGUUGUAAUUUUGGGCAAAUCAUAA